CUGAUCGUAAAACAUGGCUAACGGACGAGCGAUCGGGAAUAUACUAGUCAGUGAUGCCAAUCCAAAGAAUCGACGUGCGCAUGCGCAGUAAUCGCAGUCUGGUCUGCGUCUCAUGUUUACUAUAACCUCCUUGCUGGUCCCGGUGUAUUGUACAGUUUAUUAUUAUAAUAUAACCUCUCUCACCCAUGUAUUUUCGACUUUUGACGAACAUUUGCGAGCGAUCUUUAUAUCGCACUUCGAAUAAUGUUAGACUUCAGAUCAAUAGACCGUGUCAUGCGAUUAAAAACGAGGAAAAACGGAAAGUGGAAAUAACCUCGACAAGAUUUCCCGAUUACAAAAUAAUCUAUAGCUUUCCUUAUAUUAAAUACGCGAGUACCAUAAAUAUGGUAAAACAUAAAAUCACUCUAUUCACCGCAGCGGUCGUUCCUGUAAUUGUUGGAUUUUACUUGACCGAUACUGUGUCGCUUGACACAGCUACUUCAGCGAUAGCAAGUGGUGUUAUAACAACCGUGUGGUUGCAUAGUCUUGGAAUUUUAUGCAACAAUCUCAUAGGAUAUGUAUAUAUGAAGUUAGAUAAGCAAAAAAUAAUAUUAUCUUACGUAGACUACUGGGGGAAAAGAAUAGACAUGGAGACUGCUAUCGAUGAAAUUAUUCCUAUAUCGGAUAAUCCAAUCAGUAUCACCGAUUUUCUGUACAAGAAAGUAAUGUUUUUUUCGCAAAAACAAAGAUUAAAGAUAAAUAUGAAACUAGGACAAAUAAUCGAUAUGGACAAUUUUAAAUGUACUCUAGGAACAACUUAAGUUUUCUACAUAUGUGUAUAUAUAUAUAUAUAUAUAUAUCAUAGAAAGAAUCACAUUAAUUAUAUAUUUUUAAAUUAUACAUUUUUUUUAAA